AUGCUAUCCAGGGCAUCGAUGAGCAUUGCGAGGGCUAUGAGGAAGAGGGUUCACCCACCAGCCUUUCGCGCACUAUCCACAGUUGAAACCUUUGGAAAAGAGCAAAACUUUACAUGGUCGUCCGCUGCGAUGGCUGGAGCUGCAAGUCUCUUUCUUGCGACGGGCGCUUUAUCCGCUGUGCCGGUAUCUACUGAAUGCGAACAAGAAGAAUCAAGCUUGCCUGUCUUCGGUAGCAGCUCUGACCCAUUGGCGGGCAGUGAAAGCAAAGAAGGACUCGAUGAAAUUGAGAAAUUGUAUAUAGAACGAGUGCCGUACAAGAGAGAUCGCGAAGAAAUCAGUGAUACUUCUUCUGCAUUCAGCAGAGGGGUCCGAGCAUUCGAGAACUCUUUUGAAUCUGCUUAUGCUGCUAAAGAAGAAAGCGAGGACCCCUUUGGAGGAACCUCUGUUCCUACUCCCGGCAUCAUCUCUACUUCCUCACCAGCCGUUCAAGAAACUGUCACGACGAACAAGAUGUAUUUCUACCGAACUCCACAAAUCAAAUCUAGAAUAGCAAGGAAAUUCAUGCUCUUUACCGCUCCGUCUUCGGAGGAAUUGGGCGGGGACGUUGCGCAUCUACUGGGAAUGGACCUCAACAAGGUUGAGGUUGGCAAAUUUACGGAUGGGGAAACUAGGGUUGAAGCUGGGGAAAGUGUCAGAGGCAAAUACGUUUUCAUCGUUUGCACAACCUCGAGUAAUGAUGCCCUUAUGGAGCUUCUGCUUAUGAUUUCUGCCUUCCGCAAGGCCCAAGCCAAACAUAUCACUGCUGUUAUUCCUUAUUAUGGAUACAGUAGGCAGGAUCGAAAAGUGAAGCGAGAACCCAUUGCUGCAGCUGAUAUUGCCAUACUUUUGCAAAAUAUGGGAGUCGAUAGACUCAUGUGCAUGGACCUUCACAACGAUUCGCUUUGUGGCUUUUUCUCACCGUCAACUCCAGUGGAUCAUUUACUCCCGAUUCCAGUGGCCGCUGCUUACUUCCAUGAAGAGUUGGCCAGUGUGCCAACACCAGAAGACUGGAAACCAGAGUCUGAGGAUGACGAAUACUACCCCAACAUUACCGUUGUGGCUUCACACGAGGGACAAGUAGGCCGCGCUGCUCAUUUCCGUGAUGUCCUCCAGCGUUUGAGUGGAAAGAAGAUUGAACUCGCUUUCAUUUCAAAGAAUAGGCAAAAGCGUGGUGAAAAAUACUAUACUCCACAUGUUGUCGGAAAAAUAGAAGGGCAAAGGUGCAUUAUGGUGGAUGAUAUCGUGAACACAGGAAAGACUCUUAUUUCAAAUGUGGAUGAACUGCACAAGGCAGGGGCUGCAACAAUUCAUGCAUGGGCUUCCCAUGGGGUUUUCGGACCCAGGUCACUGUCAGACGCUCCUCAACGGAUUGCAGAGAUAGAACACUUGGACUAUCUCCUCAUCUCCAAUUCCGUUGCAAACGAUUCAAUUCUCCCACCCAAGAUUCGGCAACUAAAUGUUGCACCCUUCCUGGCCGAAGCCAUUGCUAGAGCAUUGCACAAUCAAUCAAUAAAUGAAAUCCUAAACUUAGAUGAAGAAAGUGACAGGAGAUAUGACGGGUAA